AGACAUACAGAAGGUGUGCUGUGCUCUCUGCCUUCUUAGCGACCUUAGCAGGACCAGGCGGGAUGGCGUCAUUCGGAGACGAUGAGAAGCCUCCUUCUCCGAAUGCAGGUAGCAAAGAUGGGCUGGUGACCAUGGCAAUUCCGGCGUACAACAGGAAAGAUGUGGGGCUGACCAAGGACACAUUGACGGCGAUGGUGGAGAUCAGGGCCACAUCCUCCGCCGCCAUGAGGGAGGGGCUGGACCUGGUGGCGGUGCUGGACGUGAGCGGGCACAAGAUCGAGAGCGUGAAGAAGGCCCUGCAGUUCGUCAUCAUGAAGCUCACCCCCGUGGACCGCCUCUCCAUCGUCACCUUCGACAGCACCGCCCGCAGGCUCACCCCACUGCGCUGCAUGACGCAGGCUGCCCAGACCGACCUCAAGGCCGUCGUCGACGGCCUGCAGAACGGUGGCGGGACCGACAUAAUGGCCGGUCUCGAGCUGGGGCUGGCCGUCCUCCGCGGCCGCGUCCACACCGAAUCCCGCACCGCCAACGUCUUCCUCAUGUCCGACAGGCAGACGACCUCCGGCGACCCCAGGGAAGUCGACCCCGGCGAAGUGGCCGUCUACACCUUUGGUUUCGGCGCCGGCACGGACCACAAGCUGCUGAGCGACCUGGCCAACAAGUCCACAGGCGGGACGUACAGCGCGGUGCCGGACGGGACCAACCUCAGCGCGCCCUUUUCGCAGCUGCUCGGCGGCCUGCUCACGGUGGUGGCGCAGGACGUGCAGCUCACGCUCGAGCCCAACACCGCCGACGGCGACCUGGAGAAGAUGACCGUGGCCCCGGGCACGGACUACACAACGAUCACCGACGACAAGAGCGGCCUCAUCACCAUCAAGUUCGGCAGCCUCUUCAGCGGCGAAGCCCGCAAGGUGGCCGUCAACUUCACGCUCAGGGACAGUGACGAGACCGAGGAGUACGACGCCACCUUGGCCGAGGCGCGGCACAGCUACGCUGGCCAGAAGACGCGCCAGUCUCUCGAGGCCAUCCUGAUUGUGCGCACCCCGAACCCAAGCUCUCCCGCCGACGCCGGUGCUGUCGAGAACCGCUCCAUGUUGGCCGAGGAGGUGCGCCGGCUGCACGCCGACACCAUCAACGCCGCGAGCCUCCUGGCGGAGGCCGAGAGGCUGGAGGAGGCGCGGGAGAAGAUCGUGGACGCGCAGAACGCGAUGGAGGACAUCGUGCUGCUGGAUGACGGGGAGAACAUGGUCAACGCGCUCCGCACCGAGCUGCUGCAGCUGCUCACCUUCAUGGAGUCGCAGGAGCUGUACAACGAGCGGGGACACCCCUACGCCCUCGCCACCGUCACGUCUCACGGCCGCCAGCGCACCGCCGCGAGGGGUGACGAGGGGGAGGUCAUCUCCCUCUAUGCGACGCCGCGCAUGACCGCCUACCUGGAGCAAGCCAAGAGCUUCGAGGAGAACCCAAAGGAGCCGGUGCCCACCGCCGACGACGACGUCGAGGAGGAGAUUUCAUAAAAAAAAAAAGUGACCCCUUCGCCGCCAUCGCUGCCCCGCUCACGCCGACGGUAGCAACAAUUAAUUAUGUAUCCUUGCAUGUAUUUGUACGUCCUUACUUUCCCAUGCUUUGUCUUUCCGGUUGCUUCGUAAGUCAAAAAAAUGUUCCAAAAUUUAAAUAUCUUUAUGGGCUGCUAAAAAAGUAGCUUCAUGUGCUAAAAUUUUGGACUCGUCUCGUAAUUAAUAGUCCCAUCCUGCUCUUUUAGAUCAAAAUACUAGCGACUUAUAUAGGUUCUCGAAUUGCAAGAAUCAAACAAGUCAAGGCAGAAAAAGAAAGGCGAGACCUGCCACAUAUAUGUAUCAUCAAUAGAAAACAUCUAUGAGGAAGGCUCACACAUGCAUGUAAGACCCAUCAAAGGCUCAUGAAAUCCAAGAACAUCAACGUUUGGAUCUCCCAAUCUGCAUUGAGAUGGAUUCGAUACUAGCGGUGAACAUGUUGAAUGACAGUGGCAUGAACAGGUCUGUUUAUGCGGCGCUGGUGCAGGAGAUCAUGCAUUUGAAGUCUCUUCGUAUGACUCGUAUUACUCAUAUUAAUCGUGGUCAAAACUGUGUAAGUGAUUUCCUAGCUAAAUUUGCUAAAACUGGUAGUAGAACCGUAGUUUGGUUGGGCUCUGGCCUCCAAGAAGUCAUUGAGUUAUGUAAGAAGGAUUGUACGGUUGAUGCUUGAGUAAUAUAAGUUUUUACCCGGAAAA